AUGUCUGCACAAGGGCAGCAACGGCAUCCACAACAGAUGCAUAAACCCUACUUUCCGCAGGUUGCUAGCCUUGGAGGUGUACCGACAGUCAAAGUUGAUGUGCCCAUCAGCGCUGUCUUCCUAUUUCUCUUCAUAAUUUCCGCAGCAGCGCAUAUGACAAUAUUCCAACUGAACAAGCGGAAAGGGCAUAAAUUCGUCAUAUCAGGAAUGAUGUUUGGCUUCUCCAUGGCGCGAAUAACUGCCUGCAUUCUACGGAUAGCAUGGGCGACGAGACCAACCCACAUACCGCUCGCCAUUGCCGCACAGAUUUUCGUAGCAGCAGGAGUGGUGCUGAUGUUCGUCAUCAAUCUCAUCUUCGCCCAGCGCAUUCUCCGCGGCGCGCAGCCAUUCAUUGGGUGGCACAAGCUCUCCAAAAUCCCUUUUACCUUUCUUUAUGCCUUGAUCGUUGUAUCUUUGGUCAUGCUCAUCACUUGCACCGUGCAAUCCUUCUACACGCUGAACCGUAACACGCACCGCAUCGACCGCGACGUGCAACUCUACGGCCAGACCAUUUUCGCCAUCAUGUCCUUUUUGCCGAUCCCAAUCGUCCUGAUCUGCAACCUGGUCCCCAAACACGCGGAGUGGGAAAAGUUUGGCGGAGGCCGCUGGCGAACCAAGAUGUGGAUCAUUCUUGUCGGUGCUGUCUUGCUUUGCCUGGGUGCUACUUUCCGUUGCGGCACAAACUACAAGACACCCCGCCCAAGAACCGACCCGGCCUGGUAUCAUUCCAAGGCAUGUUUCUACCUCUUCAAUUUCACCAUCGAGAUUACUGUCCUCUACCUCUACGCCAUCACUCGUGUGGAUCAGCGCUUCCACGUGCCCGACGGCAGCAAAGGCCCAGGCGACUACUCGAAGCGUCUUGGUGGCGCCGUCUCUGAGCACAUGUCUGAGAUUGACAUGGAGGAAAACAGGUCUGUCAAGGACCAGCAUCACCAUGCGCACGACAAGGAUCCUAGCACUGGAGGUGAUGACCUUCAGAGGUGA